ACACACACACACACACACACACACACACACACACACACAACAGAACGCUCCGGUUAGUAGUUAGCUGUCGUUGUUAGCCACCAACCGCUGUUAACCAGAGUUCCAGUUAAACCAGCGGACACUUACUUUAUACUUACUUUUUACUUCCCGUGGGGCAGUUGUCCUAACUUUACCUCGUAGUUGACAACUGGCUUCAUUUUAUGGAUUAACACCAGCGUUAAGUGGGCAACGGUAGCUUUUUUUUUUUGGUUUGUUUUUUACUGUGGCUAAGUUGGCUAACUGUAGCCGCUACGUAGCGUCACUAACGUCUGUUACGUUGGAAGGAGAGCGUCCCGAGUCCUGAGUCCUGAGUCCUGAGUCGGAGGAAGCAACAGAGGAAGCCGAUAAGUAAGACCACUGGCAGUUGUCCUAACUUUACCUCGUAGUUGACAACUGGCUUAAUUUUAUGGAUUAAUGCCAGCGUUAAGUGGGCAACGGUAGCUUUUUUUUUUUUACGUAGCGUCACUAACGUCUGUUACGUUCGAAGGAGAGCGUCCCGAGUCCUGAGUCCUGAGUCGGAGGAAGCAGCAGAGGAAGCCGAUAAGUAAGACCACUGCGCACCGCUGCUUAUGCAAAGCUAGCCUACUUUCUUUUCUUUUUUGGGGCCUGAGUUUUCACACUGUGACGCACUGAGAAAGGACUGGAAAAAAAAACCCAUGGCAUCGGAUGUGAUUGGGAGUGAAGCGGUGCUGAAGGGUGUAAAGGAUAUGAAUGUGAACAAUAGCAGCCCAGAGUUUGUCACACCCAGGAGGACUCAUGGGGAGCUGGCAAACAGACAAACUUCCAGUCCUUCGUCUUCAGGAGUGUCGGGAGAAGGUGAUGAGGAGGAAUUAGACGAAUUUCAAAAUAGCACAAAUGGCGAAGAGGCACUCGGAGAGAGUCUAACCAAAACAAGAGCUACGCCACAGGAAAGGACAUCUCCAGACAAUGAGCAGAAACAGCCGGGAGCAAGGAGCUCUACCCCGGUGAGCCUCCCCCAGCCACGUUCACCACCUGGGCCCAUUGGAAGCCUGGAGCGCCAAGAGUCAGUUGCCACAACAGAAGCCCGCCUAAGAAUGGAAGGAGUUGAACUUAAAGAAGAGUGGCAGGAUGAGGAUUUUCCACGGCCCUUGCCGGAGGAAGAGGAGCUCGAAGAUGAGCUUUUUGCAGGAACCUCUGAAGAGGGAGACCCUGGCUAUGCAAUGGACCGUGGCAAGAAAGCAAAGAAGAAGCUUGCAGCUCCGGAUAUAAGUCUUACACUCGACCGCAGUGAAGGUUCUAUUCUUUCUGAUGAGCUGGAUGAAAGUACAGAGUUGGAUCUCGAUGACAUAGACACGCCUUCAGACAACAGCAAUGAGUUUGAAUGGGAAGAUGAUCUCCCCAAGCCGAAAACCACAGAGCUGCUACAGAAAGGUGUGGAGACAGUCCAGGAGUACUCGGCCUCAGAUGAGAGGGAAGAAGGUCGACGCUGGCGGGUGUUUCGUAUCGGAGACCAGGACCAUAGAGUGGACAUGAAGGCUAUCGAACCUUACAAGAGGGUUAUCAGCCAUGGAGGUUACUAUGGAGACGGUUUGAAUGCCAUAAUUGUGUUUGCUGUAUGCUUUAUGCCUGAGAGCAAUCAACCAAAUUACAGAUACAUCAUGGACAAUUUAUUCAAGUAUGUCAUCGGGACACUGGAGCUUUUGGUUGCUGAGAACUAUAUGAUUGUGUAUUUGAACGGGGCGACCUCUCGGAAAAAGAUGCCAGCUGUUGGCUGGCUCAGAAAAUGUUAUCAGCAGAUUGAUAGGAGGUUAAGAAAGAACUUGAAGUCUUUGAUAAUCGUCCAUCCCUCUUGGUUUAUUCGCACCCUGUUGGCACUCACAAAACCUUUCAUAAGCUCUAAAUUCAGUCAGAAAAUCAAGUAUGUGUUCAGCUUGACAGAUCUUGCGGAGCUCGUCCCAAUGGAGUAUGUGUCCAUACCAGAUUGUAUCAAACAGUUUGACGAAGAAAAAAAUAGGAAAAGCCGUAAAAGAAUUGACCAGGACAUGCACGGUAAAGUGGAGAUUGCAGCUGCUGCUGUUCCGGAGUGACUCUGCUCGCGCUGCAAGAUGUGGAGGAGGAGAACGAUGAAGAAUGUUAAGAACCACCGCCACUCAUAUGUUUAUAUUCUGGGCAACGUGACUGGAGACUUAGCUCUUUGCAUCAAGAAAGUGCCUUUUGGAAACUAUGCUGCCUAUUUGUGGAAGUUUUUACACCUUGAUCCUCAGCGUUUUUUUUCCACAUGCUGUCUGAAAUGUUUUUAAUUUUUUUUUAAUCGACUGCCGGUAUAUCAUGUCAAAGUUAGCUUGUUGGUGUUCCCUAGUUACUGUUAUAUCUACACAUUAUUUAAGGCACUCUGUUACAAAUGGUUGUUGCAUGUUCUGCUUUAAUACAUUUAAAUAUAUAUUUAUAUUCAAAAGGUGACAAUGGAGAGAAAUUAAUAUAUUUUUAUGGUUGCUCUGAUUUUAAACUACAUUUUAGGUCUCUGAUCCAUUGAGUGGCAUUUGAUAGAACAAGUUUUGACGGCACCUUUUUCACUGUUCACUGCUGACGUUCUCUGUUAUUAUCCUGCCUGGGGAAAAUAAAGUUUUAUUUUUUGCCCCUCACUGGAAUGGUUCCCUCCGACUUGUGGAGGGAGAACAUUUGUUAGGGCAACAAUCUGAAGCAAAUAUGUAGGUUCUGAUGUAACAUUUUCUCCAAGUAAAAUCAUGGAUCCACA